AUGGGAGAUAUACGAGGAUUUCAACAAAUUGCAGCCAGAAGAGACCAGACUUUGUCUUCAUUAAAGUUACUUGUAAGUUUUUGAAUAAGUCUACAUUUUCUUUAGGCUCAACAAAUCAAUUUGCUAGACAUUGAUGACAUCCCUCAAAGACCAUCGUCACAGAUGGCACAAGCAAAAGGAUUCGGUUUGUCGUUUCUUCAUGUUAAAGAUUCCCCUGACGUCGCAAACGCAAGAGGAGAGCUGUCGUUAGAAACGGAACUAGACGAUUUCCUUAUCGAAGUUGCCAAAGGGUCAUACUCAAACUGGGACAACUCAAUUGCAUAUUGGAUCGAUAACGAAAAGGUAUGGCUAUUAUAUGAAAAGUAAUCUCAGUUAUGUUUAGAAAUGGCCUAGACUCACGGCAAUAUGUUUGGCAGCAUUAACAGUACCCGCGGCUUCGGCAAAUGUAGAGCAAUUCUUUAGCCGUCUUCAAGCUGUAACCGCCUCAAAGCUCUGCAACUCUCAGCAUGCCUUAAUCAGACAAAAAAUGUUAAUGUCUUUUAAUUCCCCAUACUCUGAAUAA